AGAGGCCGGUAUAGUCGACCCGUGUUGUUUUGGUUAGCUUAAUGCUAAGUAUCCGGUGUAAUGGCGACGGCUUGCCCAUGAGGCGGGGGAGCGGGACCGCUGUGUUUUCAGGAUAAACACCGACUGAACAACUGGGGGUGUCAUGGCCGGAGUUUUUGACAUCGACUUGGAUCAACCGGAUGAGGAUGUCUCUGACGACGAACUUGAAGACGGGGGCCACCUCAGUGAAUACAUGGACCAGUGCAGUGGCUUUGAUUUUAACAUGGAUGACUGUGAGAAGUUUGAAAUUUCAGAGAACAGCGUUAACAAGGGAACUGAGCAGAUCAGGCCGGAAUGCUUUGAGCUGCUGAGAGUUCUGGGAAAAGGUGGCUAUGGAAAGGUGUUUCAAGUACGCAAGGUAUCAGGUGCUGCUUCUGGGAAGAUAUUUGCAAUGAAAGUUUUGAAAAAGGCUAUGAUUGUGCGUAACGCAAAAGACACAGCACACACCAAAGCUGAGAGGAACAUUCUGGAAGAGGUGAAACAUCCCUUCAUCGUGGAUCUCAUCUAUGCUUUCCAGACAGGGGGGAAGUUGUACCUCAUCCUGGAGUAUCUCAGUGGUGGGGAGCUGUUCAUGCAGCUGGAAAGAGAGGGAAUCUUCAUGGAGGACACUGCCUGUUUCUACCUGGCUGAGAUCUCGAUGGCACUCGGGCACCUUCACCAGAAAGGCAUCAUUUAUAGAGACCUGAAGCCUGAGAACAUCAUGCUCAACAACAACGGACAUGUGAAGUUGACAGACUUUGGUCUGUGCAAAGAAUCAAUCCACGACGGGACGGUGACCCACACUUUCUGUGGCACAAUUGAGUACAUGGCUCCAGAGAUCUUGAUGAGGAGUGGACAUAACCGUGCAGUGGACUGGUGGAGUUUGGGAGCUCUUAUGUACGACAUGCUGACGGGGGCGCCUCCUUUCACUGGUGAAAACAGAAAGAAGACGAUUGACAAAAUCUUGAAAUGCAAACUCAGCCUUCCACCUUACCUCACACAAGAAGCUCGUGACCUUCUGAAAAAGCUGCUGAAAAGAAAUGCUUCAUUGCGACUUGGGGCCGGGUGUGGUGAUGCUGCUGAGGUUCAGGCCCAUCCAUUUUUUCGGCACAUAAAUUGGGAUGAUCUACUUGCUCAAAAAGUAGAGCCUCCAUUUAAGCCUUUUUUGCAAUCAGCUGAUGAUGUCAGCCAGUUUGAUUCCAAGUUCACCAGCCAGACUCCAGUGGACAGUCCUGAUGACUCCACGCUCAGUGAAAGUGCCAAUCAAGUCUUCCUGGGUUUCACAUACGUGGCCCCAUCUGUGCUUGAAAACGUCAAAGAAAAGUUCUCUUUCGAGCCAAAGGUCCGCUCGCCGCGGAAGUUCCUGGGAAGUCCAAGAACACCUGUGAGUCCAGUGAAGUUUGCAGGUGGGAUCUGCUGGCCACGGGGUCCCACGCGCCCAGGCACCACGUCCCUGCUGUCUCUCAGCAGCUCUGUAGAACAACCCAUGGAGGUGGUGGCAGCAGAGCAAAUGGCCGUGAGCACCAACGGCACCGCUGAGACCUCAGCGCCGCUUCCCAUCAGGCAACCUUCAAGCAGUGUGGCGCCCUUUAAAAAACAGGCUUACCCCAUGAACUCCAAGCGGCCCGAACAUCUCCGAAUGAACUUAUGAUGCUCGCCUCGCCUCUGAACACUAGGAUUCUUCCAAUUCCUCCUCUUGUCUUCUCAAGAGACUUGUAGAAAUAAAAUAAAAUUCGAAAGUCAACUCUGCUCACCAGCUCUUCCAGCAGGGCUUUCCCCCAUCGUGGCCUCAUCGGCCCUCCUGGCUCAGCGUGCUACAGCUGACGGGAGAAAUCCCAACAGUCUGAGGAGCAGUGUGUUGGAGGGGAUGGUGAAAACCAGAUGUUUUUUGGCUGUGUAAUGCUCGUAGAUGAGCCAGCUGACGCCCGCAAAAUGGUCCAUCUGGAUUAUGAUUUACUGGUGCUCUCAUAUCUGGCAAAUGCUACUUUUAGUGUUUAUGAAUCAUUGCUUUCAUCAGUAGGUCAAACUUGUCAUUGUCUGCAAACCAUUGUAACAGGAUUUAUUUCCCUCUUUUAAGAUUUUUUUUUAAUGAUUAAACAUUGUUGGUAAAAUCAUUGGAUAACAAUUCCACAUUGAUCACAAGUAUUCCUUUUUGAAUGGGAGGAGUCGUGCUGCCUUUAUCAUUCAGUGUGUAGUCAGCAGGUGGAGUAUGAUUUAUUUUAGUAAAAAAAAAAAAAAAAGGAAAAAAAGUGAAAUUUUAGCCCAAA